CCAACCAUCGUCAGACUAGCUAGACAGCAGUAUGGCAACAUUUGAGCCUGCAAGGUUGAUUCAGUAUAUAGAGAAGAACACCUCUCCUUUCUUGUCAGAAUCAUUACCAGAUGCCGAUUCAGAGAAGGGCCGUAUACAUGCAUUUCUUCACCAGCUGUACGACUGGUGUCAGUCAGUUUCAACGGGAGUUUUGACUCCUCGCAGCGUCACCAACAUGUCUCAGCCAUCUCUAAAACAGUGGUAUGAAGACCGGAAGAGGUUAAGGGUCGUCUAUGAUCAUUCAAGGGCAAAACCAGUAGAGAGGAAGAACAAAAUCAAGAAGAGUAGACAGGCGGCUUUCAAAUCUGCAUUAGCAGAGAGGACAAAGCCAUCGGGACAGCAUCAAGACACCAAGACGAUCACGUCAGAUUCAUCAUUGGGCAAAGAACAAUGCGGAGCACAAGCAAAAAGAGACGAGUCAGCAUCGAAUAGAAGCAAGGACACACAUCACAUGAUACAGAUCUUUAUAAAGACGCCCAUCGACCCCCAAACCCUCUGUCUACGACUCGAUCAUAAAACAACCGUCUCCGACCUGAAAGACAUCAUUCACAGGAAGUUGGCAAUUCGUCCCGCAUUGCAGAAUCUGUACACAAACAACAAAAGGUUCAAGUUGUGUGACGCUUUGACUCUUGUUGAUCUUGGCAUUAAACCGGAGACAAACAUUGAUCUAACACUAGCAGAAGGUUUGCUUGGUGGCGCCCCGACACUUGACGAGACAUUCCUACGGACUUUAGCGGCAAACCUCUGCAAGGACUGGAAGCAACUCGCAAUCAAGCUUAAGUUCACACAAGCAGAGAUUGGCAAGUUUGAACGUCUCGCUGAGAGCAACCCAGAAGAACAGGCUCAUCAGAUGCUAGUUUCUUGGUGGAGCAAGCAAUCUGAUAGUAAGGAACAAGCGAGGGAAUGGUUGAGAAGUGCAUUGGUUCAAAUAAGUCGGCGGGAUUUAUCUGCAAGGAUCCCAGGUUAUGUACCCACAUCCCCAAGAGCAGGUAGCAAGAGGCAGUCACUGGAACAUCAGUCAACAUCCGAUACAUCAGGUUAUGCACGCACAUCCCUAGACAAAGUUCACAACAGGCAGUCAUCAGAACAUCAGUCAAUAACAAAAGUAUCAGGUGUUGAUGAAAAGAUGUUACGAGUCGUAGCCGGAAAGAUUGGAAAAGAUUGGAAGAAACUCGGCACUUUUUUAGGUUUUGAAACUGAACAGAUUUACGCAUAUCAAAGCGAUUACCAAAAUGACCUCAACGAACAAAUCUUCCAGAUGCUACUGGGUUGGUUUAGAAGGCAACCAAACCAAGAGACGGCUGAGGACGGGCUGAAGAAGGCACUUAAAGAAAUUGGUCGUACUGACAUUGUCAGAGAAUUAGGUGGUAUUUUAUCCUAA